AUGACUUGGCUCAAAGAAAAAUAUGAAAACCAAAUGACAUUAACAGAUGCUUCCACCGUCGAAGAAAUUUUACAAAAAGCUAGAGUUUAUAUUUUGUUGCUUUUUGGUGGUAUAUUAUUUCCUGAUACUAAUGGUAACACUAUACAUCUGCAGUAUUUACCAUUAUUAUCUGAUUUUAAUAAAACAGGUCAGUAUAGCUGGGGAUCUGCAACUCUAGCACAUCUAUACAGACACUUGUGUAGAUGUGCCAAAAAAGAAGUGCAUAAUUUUGCAGGUUGUGGAGUCUUACUUCAAGCCUGGGGGUGGUCGAGAAUGCCGAGACUGGCACCAGUGAAUCGUAACCCAUACAUUUUUCCAUAUGCAACUAAGUGGUCUACACAUGGGAUGAAUUAUGAAAAAACACCCCAUCAUUGUGUUCCUGGAUAUCGAACGUUCAUUGAUCAUUUCGAGCCGAUUGAUUUUACAUGGAGGCCCUAUCUCGAACUCGAAGAUCUGGAACCAACUGAUAGUGACGUGUGGAGUUCAAAAACUUUUAUCAUAAGCUUCACUUAUGUUGAAAUGCAUCAUUCUGAUAGGGUUAAGCUCCAGUUUGGCAUUAAACAGGGCAUACCGGGUCCUCCAACUUGCAUGGAAGAGUAUCAUAAAAGUCAAUUAUCCGAUCAAUGGCCAUACGAUGAUUGGAAAGACCAUUACAAGAAUGAGCGUCGUCAAUGGCAUAAUCGCCAUAAAACUGAUUGGAAUAACGAGGGGACCAGAUUGAGUUAUGGCAGUGCGACGGCGGCUGAUUUUAUCAAUGAAGAAAUGGUCGAAGAAUUAUAUGAUCGCGGAUAUGAGAUAGGUCCUUCUACUCAACCUGCAAAUGAUGAAGAUCCUCGUAGAAGAAGUAUGAGAGACGGACAUCCUCCUAAUUGUGGAACCAACGAACGGUUACGCCGACUGGGUCGAGGUGGCAAUUAA